GCUCGCUGUGUCUAGACGAAGGAAAGCGGUCAGAGAGUGAGGAACGGACGGCACCGGAGAGGGACACAGUGAGAGUGGGAGAUCCCAGGGGAAGAACAGAUGAAGAAGGAAAGGGAGACAACGGAAAGGCCAUUGGAGGAGAGGGGCCAGUGGGGGCGUAAGGUGGAGUUCCUCCUGGCGGUGGCGGGGAACAUAGUGGGGCUGGGAAAUGUGUGGAGGUUCCCAUACCUUUGCUACAAGAAUGGCGGCGGAGCGUUCCUUGUGCCAUAUUUGUUCUUUGCGUUGACCUGUGGGAUACCCCUGUUCCUGCUGGAUAUUUCCAUGGGACAGUACACCCAGGAGGGGGCCAUCACCUGCUGGAGGAAGCUGUGCCCAUUGGCUGAGGGGAUUGGCUACGCGAGCCAGCUGAUCCUGUUUUACGCCUGCAUGUGUUAUAUCACCAUCCUGGCCUGGGCUCUCUUCUACCUCUACUUCUCCUUCAGCUCACAGCUGCCCUGGGCCAGCUGCUCCAACACCUGGAACUCAGAUCACUGUGUGGAUUUUUCCAACCGAAACCUCACCACAAACUGGACCCAACAGCCCAACAACUCAUCCUCUGCAGCCACUGAGUUUUGGGAGAGACGUGUGCUGGCGAUCUCAGGCGGAAUUGAGGAGGUGGGCAGUGUAAGGUGGGAGGUGCUUCUGUGCCUCAUCAUCAUGUGGGUCAUCUGCUACUUCUGUAUCUGGAAGGGGGUGAAGUCUACAGGCAAGGUGGUUUAUUUCACUGCUACUUUCCCAUACCUGAUGCUUUUGGUGUUGUUGAUACGAGGGCUAACUCUACCUGGAGCUCUGCAGGGGGUGCUGUUCUACCUGUACCCUGACCCCACCCGCCUGGCAGACCCACAGGUGUGGAUGGAAGCAGUAUCACAGAUCUUCUUCUCCUACGGUAUUGGAGGGGGUACUCUGAUUGUGCUGGGUAGCUACAACACCUAUAACAACAACUGCUACAAGGACUGUUUGUGGCUGUGCCUGCUGAACAGCGGGACCAGUGUAGUGGCGGGAUUCGCGGUCUUUUCUGUGCUGGGGUUCAUGGCACAUGAGCAGGGCGUCUCCAUUGAGGAAGUUGCUGAAUCAGGACCUGGUCUGGCAUUCAUUGCGUACCCCCAAGCAGUAGCAAUGAUGCCCCUACCUCAGCUGUGGGCCACCUGCUUCUUCAUUAUGAUCAUCCUGCUGGGCCUGGACUCACAGUUUGUGAUGAUGGAGGUGGUGAUGACGUCGGUGACGGACAUGUUUCCCAGGGUACUGCGUAGGGCUGGGCACAGAGAGAUCUUCCUCCUGCUCUUCUGCCUCACCUGCUUCAUCUUGCAGCUGGUGAUGGUCACAGAGGGGGGGAUGUAUGUGUUCCAGCUCUUCGACUACUAUGCCAUUAAUGGGGCCUGUGUGUUAUUCCUGUGCGUGUUCAAGGUCCUGGCCAUAGGCUGGCUCUUUGGGGCGGAGCGAAUGGUCGAUGUGAUUGAGGACAUGACCGGGGAGCGUCCCUGCCUCAUCUUUAAGCUCUGCUGGCUCUACAUCACACCGCUGGUGACCCUGGGAUCUUUCAUCUUCUAUGUGGUAGAUUACCAGCCCCUGACCUUUAACCGCUGGUAUGUGUACCCAGACUGGGCGUACGUGCUGGGCUGGCUGCUGGCCCUCUCCUCUGUUGUACUGAUUCCAGGGUGGAGUCUGGUCAAGCUCUCCCUCAGCACUGGCACUCUCAGACAGCGUUUGUCUCACCUGUGUCACCCUGAUGAUGACCUCCCCCUGACCCGGAAGCAGAUGGCUGAGCGAGAGAAUGUGAUUUCUGCUACAGAGAUGGAAGAGUUAGUGACAGCAUAAGGUUAUACUAAUUCAUAUUUUUCUGACAAGGCAUUGGGGAUUUGUUAAGUAUUUUAACAGGUCCCAUCGUUGUUAUACAAUCAAAACUAUGAAGUUUCAAGAAAACUAAUUUUAUUUCUCUGACUGGGCUAAGUAAUUCACACCAGAACUAGGUUAUGGUCAUGCAGUAGACUGGGCUGGUGAAACUGAAAAUUACAGAAGAAAUCAGAAAUAAUGUUUAUUAAUAUGUUCAUCAUUAUAUUAUAUUAAAUUCAUUUUUUCUAUACAUAUGUGUCUAGUUAUUUUAUAAUUAAUGUGUAAUUUAUAUUUACACAUGUUUUAAUUACACUGUUCAGUUUAAUUCAGUUCAAUUUACUGUAGUUGGCUUGUAAUUAGUUUUAGAGGUUUUAGAAGUGUGCCCAUAAUCUGUGACCCUGAGCCAUCUCUGCCUUCCCUCUACAUCAUAUGACCCAAUUGUUUACUUUAUUGUAUAAAAGAGAGUUGUGAUCUUUUGUGUGAACACUCACACAUCCUGCUGAUCUGCAUUUACAAUAUAACAGUCUGGUGUUUCUCACAAAUUCCAACCUUUUAUGAGACCAUUUUAUGAUGACCUUUUUAUGAUUAAUUUAUGUCUUUCUGUCUAAUGAGAGUUGAUUAAACUCAUGUUUAUCUUA